GCGGGCGGGCGCGGGGGAGGGAGGGGGGCCGGUCCGCGACGACUCCCCGGACGGCGUUUCUCCUCCGAGCGGCGCCGAUUUCGGCUUUGGGGGGGGCGGGGGUACAGCCCAUCCAUGACCAUGGGCGACAAGAAGAGCCCGACCAGGCCAAAAAGACAAGCGAAACCUGCCGCAGACGAAGGCUUUUGGGAUUGUAGCGUCUGCACCUUCAGAAACAGCGCUGAAGCCUUUAAAUGCAGCAUCUGCGAUGUGAGGAAAGGCACCUCCACCAGAAAACCUCGGAUCAAUUCUCAGCUGGUGGCGCAGCAAGUGGCUCAGCAGUACGCCACCCCGCCGCCCCCGAAGAAGGAAAAGAAGGAGAAGGUGGAGAAGCAAGACAAAGAGAAACCUGAGAAAGAUAAGGAAAUCAGUCCUAGUGUUACCAAGAAAAAUACCAACAAGAAAACAAAACCAAAGUCCGAUAUUCUGAAAGAUCCUCCUAGUGAAGCAAACAGCAUACAGUCUGCAAAUGCUACAACAAAGACCAGUGAAACGAAUCACACCUCAAGGCCCCGGCUGAAAAACGUGGACAGGAGCACCGCACAGCAGUUGGCAGUGACUGUGGGCAACGUCACCGUCAUUAUCACAGACUUUAAGGAAAAGACUCGCUCCUCCUCGACCUCCUCAUCCACAGUGACCUCCAGUGCAGGGUCAGAACAGCAGAACCAGAGCAGCUCGGGGUCAGAGAGCACAGACAAGGGCUCCUCCCGUUCCUCCACGCCAAAGGGCGACAUGUCAGCAGUAAAUGAUGAAUCUUUCUGAAAUUGCACAUGGAAUUGUGAAAACUAUGAAUCAGGGUAUGAAAUUCAAAUCCUCCACCUGCCCAUGCUGCUUGCACCCCCUGGAGAAUCUUCUGUGGACAUCGGCCUCUUAGUGAAGCUGCCAGGAUGAUUUCUGCUUGCCAUGGGCAUCUGGCCACCAAGGAAUUUCGCACCCUGACGAUUACUCUUGACACUUUUAUGUAUUCCAUUGUUUUAUAUGAUUUUCCUAACAAUCAUUUAUAAUUGGAUGUGCUCCUGAAUCUACUUUUUAUAAAAAAAAAAAAAAAAAAUCUGCUGUGCACAAUUUUCCAUGUACAUGACAA